GUACUGUGACCUUGGGGGAUUGACGCGGGUCGGCCACUUAUGACUCUCAUAUCGGGUCAAAUUGCUUGCUCCCAGUUUCGGUCCUAAGAUUAUCUUGAUCUGAGACGUUUUAUUUCUGGUUGCUGUCUACUACUUUUUGUAGUAGAUGUAAGUACGUUGUGUGUGUUUGCUGGGUAUUCGACUGGCCUAUUUUCUCGUUUACAGUCCUCACGCUACUGUGCCCCCUCCCCUAGUACACAAAGUACCUUUUGGCUAGAUGCAUACCGCUACAUACUUGGAGAGCCUGCCAAGAUGAUAAGACUAUGAAGUAAUGCGGACUUAGAAUUGGUUCUAAUUAGGCUAACACGAACAUUGGGACAGUGCUUUGUCAAAAGAGCGAGCUUUAAAGCUACAGCUGUAACGGGUUAAACUAUUUGUUUCUAGUUUCGGUCCUAAGAUUGUCGUAAUAUGAGGCUUGUGCUAUUGCUGAUUUUUGUCUUUUGUUCUUCGUAGUAAGUGUAAGUACACUGCGUCUGCUGAGUCGUUGACUCACCUUUCUUUUGUUCUCUUUUACAGUCCUCGCACUGCCUGCUCUCCCUUAGUACACAAAGCACCUUUUGGUGAGACGCAAACCUCUACAAUUUGUAAAGGAAUUAACUUUUCGUCCUGUUUUUCUUUGCUGGAAAGCUUAUUGCAUUUACCAACUUGAUUUCCAGAGUUUUCUGUCUACGCAUUUAAACUGUUAGGUCUUGACGUAAGUGUGUCCUAUCUACUUUCUACUCACUUUCUGUUUUUAUAGAUCAUCUUGCUGAAUUAACCCCUGCUUCUUUAAACCUACAUACACAGUGCUUAGCUGUUUCUAAUCACAAAGUAUUCACAGGUUAAGCGUAAAUAUUCUAGCAUUUAAGGGUCACAGUACAAUUCUCAUAUUUUGUGUACUUGUGAGGUGCAUUGGACAGCAUCUAGUCCUCGUGGAGUCGAAAGUAAUUUAAUGAGAAACGUUGUCAUUUCUUUGAAUUUAUUCUUGAAAAAGCCUUUUUACCAACCAACUUACGGAGAACUACUUCGAGUUGCUUGUAAACGGCGGAUUCAUGGAUUCACUGAUGGGCUUGAAAAUAUUAUCGAGACAAAAGUUUCUGAAACUGAUGUUAGUAAACGCAUAUCUGGUCAAGAGUUGACGUACAAAGGGAAAAAUGAGCGUGUCAUAUUUUCAGCCAAUCAAGUUAGUGUCAAUCGCCCGGUCGAAGAUAGGUGGAUGGCUUCUCAUUUUGGUGAAGGGGAUUUUAGUUCUCUUACUCUCAGCGAUCACAAACAAUCGAACGAUGAGAAAUCGGUUUAUGGUGGUACAAUAUUUACAGUUGUUGAUGGGCACGGUGGUCAUGCUUGUGCUCAUGCAGUCAAUUUGCUACACAGUGAUUACAUAAUUUCUGGUCUUCUACCUCCAAAAGUUUCCGAGGUUGCUUUACGAAAUCUCCACCAAAUUAAGGAGUUACGUACUCCGCGUUCAAUUUGUGAGUUGGCGGUCACAUUGUGGAUGACUUCUGGUGCAUUGGUUACCGGGGAAUCUGAACGUAUCGAGUUUGGUUUGAAAGCGGAUAAAAAUUCCAGAUUUCCCAAUCCUAAUCUGACUUCUAUGCAUAGUCAGUCUAGUGUUAGCUGGGGACCUUGGGGUCCCUGGGGCCCUCUACCGUUGUCUGUUCGUGAUGCACAUAUUGGACACAUCAGUAAAUUUCUUGAAGAAUUACUGUCAACCUGUGAUGAAAGGGACUUCGAUCAGUCUGUUGAUGAUUUGCGCAACUAUGUAGCGGCUACUGCUUGGGCCCUGAGGAACGGUCUUCUUCGAAUGGAUCUGGAUAUGUCCUUGGCAGCAUGCCCUACUUUCCAUGGUCCUGUGUUAGACAAAGCUUUAUUGCGUGUUGUGUUUGCUGGCUGUGUAGCAACCUCGGUCUAUAUACCUCGACAUCGAAAAGAAAUUUUUGCUGCUCAGGUAGGUGAUUGUGGGGCUGUAAUUGGAAGUUAUUCACCUCCUUGUGAAGUUCCAGUUACAAUUCCAUCUUCGAUAGACAUCUACACUCAAACCUCUGGGGAAUAUACUAAAGAGCAUUGGGUAGCAAAGCUGUUGAUUCCUCCUCAUAUAUCUGAAAAUGGAGCAGAUGUUCGGAGAAUUAAAUCUAGUCAUCCUGUCCAUGAAGCUGAAUUUAUAAUUCGAGAUGAUCGACUUCUUGGUGAAUUAAUGCCUUUACGUGCAUUUGGAGAUAUUCGUUUUAAAUGGUCAACAGAUGAUUUAAAGAACAUCGCACGCUUAUUGGAUCUCCCCCCUAAUUAUCCUAUCUCUCCACGUUUCUAUGCCAGUCCACCCUAUUUAGUCGCUACUCCUCAAGUUUUGUGGAAACCUCUUUCUCCACUUUGUGAUCACUUCUUAAUCUUGGGGACAGAUGGCUUGUGGGAUAUGAUUUCACCAGCAGAGGCUGUGCAUGUGGUUGCUCGUCAUUGGUAUGAUUAUCGAGGUAAUCCAUCUUGUGGUUCUGGGGAUACUGCUGCUAGUCGUUUAAUUCGAACUGCACUUGGUGGUACAGAAAUGAAUUCCGAACAAAUAGCCUUACACUUUUCAAUGCCAGCUUCUUUAGCUAGAUAUUAUCGGGAUGAUAUUACUGUUAUAGUUGUUUACUUACCUACUGCUUUCUGCGAUUCUUCGUAAUGAUUAAUUAUUACUUAUGUGUAAUUCAGAUUACUUGUUUCUAUUUCAACUCUAGUUCUCAUCUGCCUAUACUCUUGUUAGCUCUCCUAAAUAUCUUGGGUAUCAGUAUCAUAUGCACAGAAAUGAAGUAUUUCACACAAACUAAAAGUCUGUAUGUUGACUAGUUUCUGGUGUUAUUCAGCAAUGUGAUAAAUACUUUCCUAGUUUCUUUAUCCUCUGGCUUUAUUAAAUUAUCUUUUUUAUGUGGUAGCUUUUGUAAUGUAAAAUAGUAUUAGCUAUCACCGAUUAGUUAGCUGACCACUUAUUAAAACUCGAUGUAUAUUGAAACUGCAUUUAAAUCCUUUCAUAUAUAUUGUAUUACAUUAUUAAUUAAUCUUAAUUAUUAAGAUUAUUUUGCUUUUAGUCACUUUUUUAUAGUAAACUUUCGCUUUGUAACCCUAAUUAUACUUUUCUACUGAAAUUUCCUAUGUAUCUCCGAUAGAAUGUAUAUCAUUAUAAUUAUUGUUGUUUAUAAUUGUUCGAACUCAGUUAAAUCACAUUUCAAUACUUAGUUACCUUAGUUUACUUUUCAUUUUAAAACGUUUUAUUUUAUGCUUGUAUAUCUCAAGUUCGUUCAUCAUGAGAUCACAAAUGUGAUUGUGGGACUUGGUAUAUAAUUGGGAAAAGAAUUACUGUCAAAAAACUACUGUGAUUAUCAUCCUACUAAUUAGUAUGCUACUGUCAUCAACCAGGUCUCGUUAGUUCAACAAUUUUAUUUUAAUCCGUUAAACUGUGAACAUAAGUGCAAAUGGGUUGUUGUUUCUACUGUUAUUAUUAAUAAUGUAUAAUCAGAUAUGUUUUAGCUCAUGUAUGUGUUUUUAGAUUAAUCUUUUGUUUUCAAAUGUAUCCAGUUAUUUUCUAUCCAGUUUUAUCAUACCUUACCUUCCUGUACUUUUGAUUCGUUCAUGUUUGAUAUUUUUGAACAAGAGAGACCAGUAUACAUUGUAUUCUUGACUUGUAUAUUUAUUAUUCGUUAUCUCUUCCAGCUAUCUGCCGAUAAACUUAUCAUUAUCUACUGCCUUCCUUACUGAGUUUUAUGUCUUUCUUUUCUGGAAAAAUAUGAGAUUAAAAAAAGUAAGAAGAAUUUGACGAAAAGUAAUCAUGUAUCGUAUCACUUUUCUGCCGAUCAUCAGGUAUGAGUUCAUGUGUUAUAAAUUGUUAAUUUGUUUUUACUCAGUGGUUUUGGUAUAUUUAUGUAAUAAUGAAUUAUAAAUCAGAACUGUCUCUGAUUAAAUAUUGUUUGUACAUAAAAAAUCCAAUAUAAAAUUCUUUACUAGCC